AAAUAAGUUAUAAUUAUUUCAAAUGUCAAAUAACUUUCACUCUUAACGUGUAGUGAACUUUUCAGAAAGAAGUCGUAUAUAAUUGCGAAAAAUUUGUCGCAAAAAUUGUUUUAAUGAUAACAUGCGCUCCCCUAACGAAAGAGGAGUUAUGUUCAGUCAGUUUAGUGCCAAAUCAGUUGAUCGCUAAAAGGUUUGAAGAGUCGCCGAUUACCGUGAGAUGUGAGGCCACUCUCGACCCCAAACUCACGGCCGAGUCGUCGGAGUUCUCGAACCCCGUAUUCGACCUGUCGUUCGGAGGGGCGCCGAGAACUGGAGUCUUCAUUCUGAGGGGUAACGCCUCGUGUGACGGCUCCAGACAUCGGUGUUGGAGUGAAUACACCGUUUCGGCCAAUAGUAUCGGGCAUCUGAUCCAACACAGCGGUCACGUGACAUACUUGUGUCAGGUGGCCGACCAGUUAAGGAACUCCAUCGACAGAACUCAAGUCCGGUGCCAGAGUUCCGGAUCACUUACGUUCACAAAUGUUGUGAAAUACGGCGAGAGAUGUGGGACAGGGAGUGGUGGCCAGGAAUGUGAGCGCCAUAUGGAGUGCGGUUCUCCCGAAACCGAAAAUGAAUCCGAAAACGAGAGACAAUGUGUUUGUAAGGAUGGCUUCGUAUCCAUACCUGAAACCCACCGAAAAACCAUUUGCUUAGAAGAAGUGUCGUUGGGCUCAACAUGUAAUUACACGAAACAGUGCUCAGCAAUUGAUACAAACGCUAUUUGCGGGGAUAAUAGCAAUGGUGUGAAAGUUUGCAAAUGUAGUGAACAUUUCUAUGAACACAGCGAUUAUCAAAGCGAUUACAUUAAGAAAUGCAGAAUUAAGUCAAAACCAACCGUCCGUCACAGCGUUGAGGACGAGUCUACUUCUAUAUUAACUAUUGGUUCAGUAAUUGAUCCAAAAAGUGACAAACAAAAUGAAGAUCUCAAAGAAGAUAGCAUUGAAUUAAGUGGUAAUUUCACGACUAAUCCUAAAAAGAAUGAGUCGACAGGAAGUAUAGGAAUUAUACUAUUCUUUGUGGCCAUUCUGUUGGCCAUUACUAUCGUUGUCAUCAUUAUUAGAGUGAGGAGUAGAAGCGAUAAAAUGGUAAUCAAUAAGAAGAGAAAAACAACUGAACAACAAACUGAUGAUAACGACGGCGAACAACGCGAGCCAAUACUGGCCACCGAUGACAGUAAGAUAGGUGUGGAUGAAGUGGACGACGAGACCAACUCGAGAAGUGAUGACCGAAAUGAUGAACAAAUCAAUAAUAAGAUUAAUAGUAUUAAUAAUAAUGAUUCGCAAAAAGUUCAGACACCCGUCUGAUUGACAUUAUUUUGAUGACAAGAAUCUCAUUAAACAUCCGACAGUUUAUCAAAUAAUACACCAAUUCUUGUCAAAUAUAACAGAAUUUUAUAUAAAUUUAUUUUUGAAAAAUUUAUUUAAUUUAAAAAAUGCAUAUUUUAUAGCGUUAUAACUUUUUAUAACUUAUACCCCAAACAAAACACAGUUUAUAACUUUAUAAUUGAGUAAAUUUUUAAUAUAAUUUAUUAAUUUUAGAUUAAAUUUCAUUAAAUAUAAGUAAAUAUUUUGUAUAAAAAAGAAGAAGCAAUUGAAGUGUUCCUAAAAAACGAGUUUAUAAAUGAAUUAAUAAUUUUU